UUACAGAUUAGAAAUGUCUGCUCUGGCCCGUAUUGCUCUGACCCCCUGCGGUAGGUCUAUGUUGACCCGGAUGAAUGUCCCCCUAGCAGCUAGAGCUAUGCAGACCUCUGCAGUGAGCCGGGAUAUUGACUCUGCUGCUAAGUUCAUCGGAGCCGGAGCCGCCACUGUCGGAGUCGCUGGAUCCGGAGCAGGGAUUGGAUCCGUGUUCGGAUCACUUAUCAUUGGAUAUGCCAGGAACCCCAGCCUUAAGCAGCAGUUGUUCUCCUACGCUAUCCUGGGAUUUGCUCUCUCAGAAGCUAUGGGUCUCUUCUGUCUUAUGAUGGCAUUCCUCCUCCUCUUCGCUUUCUAAACAUCUCUGUGGGAUUGUAGUUCAACAUUGUUCAGUAAAAAUGCACGAAAUGUAAACCCCGUUUUUUCUCAAAAUUAUGAUUUUAAACUUAGAGUUCAAUUUAUGUAUCUCAUGUUGUACUGAUCAAUAAUAUACUUUGUUGUACAAUGUAGACGAUUAUUUCAGA